CACGAAUAUCUUCGUGACUGGCAGGCCCAGCGGAGCGUCUAUCUUCAUACUGUGGCAGACUUGCAUCAGCGAUCCCUUGUUCACACUGCUCCGGACGGCGACCAGCAACUACCCAUGUGUAAAUGGUGUCAGAAAAGGGAGCCGACUUGGAGAUGCGACGACUGCUUUGCAUUUCCCGAAGGAUGUCAAGACUGCUUUCGGUCCGCCCAUCAGCAUUUGCCCUUCCACAAUGUUCAUACAUGGACGGGUACUCACUACGAGCCCUCUUUCCUGUCCAAGUCAGGGCUGGUCAUCUAUCUCGGCCAUGGGGGCACCAAAUGCCCGACGGCAGCUGAGGUUGGUGAAGACCGGGAUGAAGGGGUAGGCCUAGGGCUCAAGGAGAGACUAUCCGUCCGCCUUGGCCUCCGGAAGUCGUUCACCCGCAAGCAUACUGACGGUGAUGGCAACAUGAAUAUGGUGGUCGUAGACACUAAUGGCUUACAUCAAAUUCCGGUCAACUUUUGCCGGUGUGAAGGCAAGGUCGGCGAUGAUGUCCAGCUGUUGCAGCAUGGUUUGUACCCAGCAAGUCAGACAGCUCCUCGGACUGCCUUUACGUUCCGGGUGCUCGAUGAGUUUCUUUUACAGAACCGCGAAUGUAAGGUACCGGCAAUGAGUUAUAUCUCUCAUUUGCAACGGAAGACGAUGGAAUCAAUGCCUCAAGAGGUUCCAGUCCGUUAUGCUGAACUUAACCGGUGUUCACAGCAAUGGCGCCUGCUGAAUGCUCUACUUCACCAUGGAGAGCAUGCCAGCGCAGUGGCUGACGGUAAGAAAUCAGAGGAUCACCAACUUCACCUGAAGCAAGGAUCACUUGCUACUGUCUGUCCGGGUUGCCCACGUCCCCAAAUCAACAUGCCGGAUGGAUGGCAGGCUGAUCCUGAUGGAUGGAAAUAUGGUGUCACACUCUGUAUGGACGGGAACUUCAAAGCAGACCACCUCCGAAUGCGCAAGCAAGUGAACGACGUUCCAAUGACAGAUGGAGCGGCAUAUAUGACAGAAAGUAAAGCUUACCAGGAACAUUUGCAUACCUAUCCGGACAAGAAGGAGGUAUCCACUUGCAAUGCACACCGCGCGGUAACACAGGCAAAUCAGACACGGGGAUUGCACAAGGACGUGACAGGUAUCGCAGCGCUGGCUUGUGCACGGCAUGGCUUCUUCAUACCAGGCACUGUUGUUGACUUUCAGAAGGGAGAAAAAUUCGCAAACAUUGAUUGGGCGUUAUGGAUGGGGAUCCUGUGGUAUUUUGGUGUCCUCCGGGUCCUCGUUCUUUAUGACAUCUGGUGCAUAUUCGGCAUUCACCUCCUGGCUCGCUUCGCAAAAAGCAACUACAUGAAUAUCCCCUUGAACGUGACCAUCAUGGGUGGUAUUGGUCAGUUCCACGUCCACGGACACAAGGAUGCAUGUGUCGCUCGAUGGUCACCCGCUUACAUUCUUGGUGCUGGCAAUGUGGACGGCGAGAUACUUGAGACACUUUGGGCAGCAUUGAAUGAGAUCUCCCGGAGCACGCGUUCUAUGACAACAUCACAUCGGAAGGAGGUUCUAGAUGACCACAUGGACGAUUCAAACUGGAAGAAGCUUGUUCGGAUAGUGUUAUCUCUUGCAGAGAAGUGGAAACGUGCGAUCAAGGAGUUUCCAGAAGCACAGGAGGCAUUUGUCGAUCUCACAGCCAUGGCCGGACCGGAACUUGUGGCUGUUUGGACAGCGCAGCUGGAACAAGCGCAGGCUGACCGAAUGUCGGAUCCGGCAGCGAUGGACAUCCUCAAUGUCCAAGUAGAUGACAUGCCCACUCAGGCAGACAUUCAAACCGAAUUAUCCACCCACGUGCGACGUGUAGCCGGACAGCUUUCAACGGUUGAUUGGAUUGCGGAUGGCAUGGAAAUCCAAUCACUAACGUGUCCAAUAAGGCUCCGAGUCAAAGAACUUGUGAAGGCUGCCGCCGGAAAUGAACAGGUUGAAGCUGAUCACAAGGCUAGGGAAGCCCGUCGGACGCUGGACAACCGAAUGCGGGUAUGGCUUAACGACGCGCCCCGCAUCAUGGGUUCCCUUGCAUAUGACAUACCGGAUCCGAUCGCGGACGGCGGGCCAGAAGAUGUGGUCCUCCCCCUGCCAUCGCAUUUCGGGGUCAAUAUCUGUCAACAGAAUGAUAUUGCAACACUGGCCCACCAAGAAACAGAGCUGAGGCAUGGCCAAAUGAAUGACGCAAUCAAUGAGGUCAAGAUCCUUGUGGGCCGGAAAGCAAUGGUAUACACCCAAGACAUCCGUUCGUCCACUGGGAGCGUUCGGAAGCGCACGCGCGCACAAGACAAGCUUGUCCGUGCUGAUGAUGAGCUGCAUCGACAUGUCAACAUAUAUGAAACUGCACGCAAGGCUGCUGAAAGACUGGGGGAACCGGAUCCGAAGUAUAAGGAGCUCAAGAGCGCACAUUUGGUCGCCAGAACAACAUCUGUCGCUGCCAGCCUCCGAGGAACAAAGAACGAGCAUUUGCCAUGGUUUUGGAGGGUUGAAAUUGAAAAGGCGGAGAGGGAUGGAGGCUUGGAAUGGAUGGAAACUUUUGAUCGGAUCCAAUGGAUGAGAGCCAAAUGCCGGAGAGACCGAUGGCGAGAGGAAAUCAUCAUUCUCCAAGAAGAAAUGAAGCGGGUGCCGAAGUCAUUUCAAUAUGAGGCGAACAAGUGGGCAGACCGCGUGCAGAAUGGUGGAGCCGGAUACUCAGCUUUUGCCCAUGGACAACAAGCAAGAUGGAAUAACCUGAAACAGAUGGCAGAGGCAACAUUUGAGACCUUACCAUCGGCUCCGUCCAGCAUAUGA